AUGGACGACUACCGCCCGCGCCGGUCGCCGGCGACCGAGCGCUUCGUCGGGCUCUUCUCCUCGCCCUCCUCCUCCCCCACGGAGCCGUCCUUCAUCGCGGGGGACGAGUUCCACGAGGACGACUUCAUGUUCUCCUCCUCCGACGCCGCCGCCGCCCCGCCCGACGACAGCCCCGCCGCCCGGGUGCCGCACGCCCACCUCGGCCUCCUCGCCGCGCUGCACGACGGGGACAGGCGCCUCCUGGUCCGCCGCGGCGCCGCCGCGUCCGACGCCAUCCCGGCCGCGCUGCUCCGCCGCAAGGCCACCAUCGCCGCCGCCGCCGCCUCGGCAUCAUCCGGCGGCGGCUCGCUCUCGCCCACCCAGCCCCCGCCCUCCGCCGCCUGGGCCAUCCCGGCGAACCCGCGGCCCAGGAGCCGCACCGCGCCGGCGCCGCAGUACCACCAGUCGGCCCCGGUCAAGGUGCCCGUCCGCCCGCCCCGGAAGCCGGCCAUGGACAGGUGGGACGAGGCCGCCGCCGACGACGACGACGAGCUCCGGCGCGGGGACGCCGCCAUGCUGCCCCCGCACGAGAUGGUCGCGCGCGCGUCCGCCGGCGGCGCCGGCCCGGUCGCCCCGUUCUCCAUGCUCGAGGGCGCCGGACGCACGCUCAAGGGCCGCGACCUCCGGCGGGUGCGCGACGCCGUGCUCCGGCAGACCGGCUGGCUCGACUGA